UUGCCGGUGGAGUGUGACUUCGUUUUGACGUGACUUCCCUAGCUCAAAUUGUUGUUUUUGGACAACUUGUAUUAUUGCUGUAAUUAAUGGCUGCCGUAUUGCUGCUGGGGUCUCGUUACUCUCCGUUUUUCUCAACUCCACAUGUAAUGACCAAAUCACGUUCGUUCAAGUGGACGCGUGGGCUGUCAUUCGCCGUUUUUCGGAGAAGGCUUUGUUAUGGACUGUCUGAUGGCGUACAAAAUCGAAUCGACUGUUUUUGGCGGAAGCCGCACGACAGACGUUACAAACGGUCGACGCUGUUUGUGUACAGACGUGAGUUUAGAAGAAAUUUCUGUAGCAAUAGUGGGCAGAAGAGUGGCCGCAAGCUUUCUCGUUCCGAACUGAAGCGAAUUUUAUCACUUGCAAGACCAGAGACGAGAAGAUUGGCAGUUGCUGUCUGUCUUCUUUUCGUUUCUUCUGCUGUUGCUAUGUCUGUCCCAUUCUGUAUGGGGCGUGUGUUGGAUGUGAUUUAUGCUGCUCAAGGAAGAGGAGAGAUGGUUGAGAAGCUGUCAUUUAUGUGCAAAGUGUUUGUACUCAUAUUUGUUAUUGGAGCGCUUGCUAACUUUGGUCGAAUUGUACUCAUCCAAACAUCAGGGCAAAAGGUCAUUAGACGUCUUCGAGAGAUGGUAUUUGGUGCAGUUCUGCGGCAAGAAAUGGCUUUUUUUGACCAAAGUAGAACCGGAGAGCUGAUCACCAGACUGUCAGCUGACACUUCUCUUGUUGGUCAGGCUCUGACUAGUAACAUUUCUGAUGGUCUUCGGUCUCUAGCUCAGAUUUCAGUUGGUUUAUGCAUGAUGUUUUAUCUUUCUCCUAAUCUGGCUGCUGUUAUACUCGGUAUCGUUCCACCAAUUGCUCUAUUGUCUGUAGCUUACGGAAGAUUCAUGAGAUCUAUUACUAGGAAGGCACAGGAUGCACUUGCAUCGAGCACUGAGGUUGCUGAAGAGAAAAUUGGCAGUAUUAGGACAGUGAAGUCACUGGGAAUGGAAGAUGUGGAAUUAAACAGGUAUGGCACUCAAAUUGACCAGGUUCUUACGAUUGCCAAUAGGGAAGCAUUGGCUCGUGGUGUCUUCUUUGGCUUUGCUGGCUUGUCUGGUAACCUGGUGGUUUUAGCCGUUCUAUGGAAAGGUGGAAUGAUGAUGAAUGAGUCUCAGCUGUCUGUUGGUGAUCUCACCUCAUUUCUUCUCUACACUGGUUAUGUAGGUUUUUCUAUAGGAGGAUUGAGUACCUUCUAUACGGAAUUAAUGAAAGGUGUAGGAGCUAGUAGCAGAUUGUGGGAACUGACAGACAGAACUCCCUCUAUUCGCUCUAGUGGUGGCAUAACUUUGCCUGUUUCAUCUUUCCAUGGAACUAUUGAAUUCCAGAACAUUAGCUUUGCUUAUCCUUCUCGUCCGGAUGCUCCAAUCUUUAAUGAUGUCACUUUGACUCUUCCUGCUGGUUCAGUUACUGCUGUUGUUGGAAUGAGCGGCUCAGGGAAAAGUACAUUAGCAGCUCUCUUACUGAGAUUGUAUGAUGUAGAUACAGGAAGAAUCUUGGUCGAUGGAUGUGGUGUGAAAGACCUUGACCCUACUUGGUUGAGGAGAAAUAUAGGAACAGUCAGCCAGGAGCCAGUGUUAUUCUCUACUUCAAUAGCAGAAAAUAUUCUCUAUGGAAUUGAUGAUCCUGAUAAUUAUGAUAUUGAAACGAUUGCUAAUGUUGCAGAGAAAGCUAAUGCUUGGUCCUUCAUUUCUUCAUUUCCAGAUGGUUUGCAGACUAUGGUUGGUGAACGUGGUCAGACACUGUCUGGUGGUCAACGACAAAGAAUAGCAAUAGCUCGAGCAUUGCUCAAGGAUCCAAAGAUUCUUAUUCUUGAUGAAGCCACAAGUGCCCUCGAUGCGGAAAGUGAAUAUGUUGUGCAGGAAGCAUUGGAUAGGCUGAUGAGUGGACGAACCGUUCUGACAAUAGCACAUAGGCUAUCGACUAUCAAAACUGCACAUCGUAUAGUUGUUCUAGAUGCUGGUAUGGUAGCUGAGCUGGGAACGUAUCAAGAACUUAUGAGCAAACCUGACGGCAUAUUUAGAAAGCUUGUGGACAGACAGACCAUCGUUUCUAACUAGCAGCGCAGCAGCUGUAUCGGCUGUUGUAGGUUUAGACAACUAAGUAGUCUAACUUAGUUUCAAAAGCGGUAUCGACUUAUUGGUUAUA